AUGUCGCUCAGCUCGGCCCCGGCCGUUACACAAGCUCACAGUGGUGACGAGGCCUGGCGGAAGGCAUUCGACCGCCUCGACCCUGACAUCCGACAAGCCUUCGCUUGGGUGAGCAUGAACAGAGUUGACAUUGUCGGCGCCGUGCUUCGGACCGCCGAUGAUAUGCGCCAGAUUUGUAUCCGCAAGCAGUGGAAGUUCACCACCCCGAGCGGCAAGGUCAUCGUCGCUCGAGACGUCCUUGAAAAGAUUGUGGGCUGGAUCAACCGGUACAAGGCCGUUGGCGAUGUUGCGUCCCAGUUCGAUACAGUCCAUGCAGCGUUGCCUUGGGCGGCAUUUCGCUUUCUUCUCGACACGGCAUGCGGUGACGUUCAAGCGGUCGGUCUCGUAGUUACUGUGCUGGAGAUGGUCGCGCGAAUCAUGGCCCGCAGCAAGAUCAUCGAAGAGGUUUAUAUCCGCGGGUCCAGCCCGGCCGACCUCGCGCAGCCGUUGGAGGAAGCUCUUGUCCUGUUGUUCGCUGAUGCUCUGGUGUUGUUGGCCAAGUGUAUUAAAUACUUGGGUCGUUCUACCGGAGUAUUGAGUGCUGUAAAACUGCCCAUCAACGACGACGACUUGAUGUCACUCGAAAACCGAGAGGCCGAGGUCCUCAAAUUCGCUGCCCUAGCUGAUACCAAGAUAUUGCGUGGGAUUGAUACCAAGAUUGAGACCCUCAGCACCAGAACCACGACCACCUUUGCUGACCUGGAUGCAAAACUCAUUCGCCUGGUGGAUAUAUCCACGAUCACGCAAAAAGCCCUGGAGGAGGACAAACUCAAGGCCCUCCUAGGGUGGUUGUCUCUGGUUCCAGUUGCUCACCACCACAAAGACGUGGCAGGUCGGCGGCUCCAGGGUUCUGCAGCAUGGCUGAUACAACACCCGGACUUUAGAGACUUUCUUAUCUCGAGCUCCUCAUCCAUCUUGCUGCUUCACGGCGUCCGAGGCUGCGGAAAAUCAACUGCUUUCUCAGCUAUUGUCGACCAUCUUCUCCCUCAACCCCAAGCCAACACGGCGGCCUCGCCGCCCUGCGCGUACUUUUACUGCCAGAAGUUGGCUUCCGAGCCCGAACGCGCGUCUCCAGCCUGUAUCCUCAGGAGCUUAGUCAAACAGCUCGCGAUCAUUCCGGGGAAUGAAGCCAGAGUGGCCCAAGAAACGAGGGAAGAGCCCAGCAAGCCGACGGUCGAUGAGUGCAUCAGACACAUUCUGGAUCUUACGUCGGCCAACCCGGCCUACAUCUGCAUUGACGCCGUGGACGAGUUGUCAGAACCUGAUCGUGCUUGUUCGGCCAGCGUCGUCAAGGUCUUCCUCACCGCCCGAGAUAAUGUCCAGCUACACGCUCUGCUAGAGUCCGACGCCAAGAUCCGUGUGACUCCCGCUAAUAACGAAGGCGACGUCAAAGCUUUCGUUCAGGUGCAAGUAAAGAAAGCCAUACAGAGUCGAUGCCUCCUUAACGGCAAUGCGUCCACGGACCUCGUGAAUAAGAUCUCGGAAGUCCUUUUGAAGGGAUCCGGGGAAAUAUUCCUCUGGGUCAAGCUGCAAGUCGACUUCCUGUGUCGAAUGAAGACUGAGCAAGACAUUCUGGAGACCUUGGAGCAUGGGUUAUCCGCUCAUCUCGACCAGAUCUAUGAUCACGCCCUAAAUAGUAUCCUCGCGCUGGACUCGGUGGCCAAGCAAGUUGCUCAGCAGGUCAUUUCGUGGCUUUUGUUUGCCAGGAGAAGGCUUCAACCGGAGGCCCUCUUUUCGAUUCUCGGGCUUGAUCAGCAUCUCCAACUGUCAAAACCCGAGAGACUCAACAUCGUCGACGUAUGUCACAACCUAGUGAUGUUGGAAAAGGACACAAACCAAGACAUAUUCACGCCGGCUUCAGCACACCAGCUCCUGGCCACGGCUUGCCUCCGCCAGUGCACCGCAGGCCCAGGCAGCUUGCCAUUCGUCCAGGACCCGUCCCCAAUCCAAGACUUCUACCACUACGCGGCGGUAUAUUGGCACGAGCAUGUUUGCCACUCCGAAUCAACUGCCACCGACACCUCAUCGGACCCAGUCUCUCACGAAACACUCCACGUCGUCUUUGCAGAGAGCACCGCCGAAGUCACCCCAGCCUUCAUCGUCUGGCUCGAAUGGAUCCGCGAAACCGGCGGCUCGCUCCCGCUUUACCACCCUCUGAAGCUUCCUUUUAAUCUGAUCCUCAAUCCAUCCUUCUCCCCAGUCCACACCGCCUGUGUCUUCGGUGUGCCAACUAUCCUUUCGCACCUCAUCAACACCAACCCAUCCCCCACCGCAGGCCUCUCCGAACCGAACUCAGAUCCAGCACAACAUACACCCCUCUACCUGGCGGCCGCAGAGGGCCACACGAAGCUUAUCACGCUCAUGCUGUCCCACUUCCCGGAUCUCCUGCCAGUUUCGCUGUCGACACCUUGCGGCGCCUAUGGAACACCGCUCAACGUCGCCGCUUUCCGCGGCCACGAAGGCGUAGUCAGGGCUCUUUUGGAUCACCUCGAUUCGUCCCCCAGCGAAACCAUCCAAACUGCAGUUGCUAGUGCGUACUCACACGCCUGCCGCGGCGGGAGGGAGGGGGUGGCGAACCUGCUCGCCAAGGAAAACCAUCGUCUUGGCCUCGACUUGUGGGAUACAGAGCAAAAGUAUGACCGCGUCGUCAAGGAGGCGGUGACGGCUGGGUUUAGGGACCUGGUUGCGUGGCUUAUGGGGCCCGAGGUCAAGCCGAAGGGGACAUCGACGUCAGAAGAUGAUGGAAAAGGGACGAGAGAGCGGAACUUGCUUCUGACGGCCAUCAAAAACGGCCAGGUGGCCGUUGUCAGGGCGUUGUUGCGAAUGGGGCAGAAGUGGAAGGACGCGGUGCCAGCAAACGCGCUGGCGCUCGCGGCGGUGGCCGGUCACGACGAAAUGCUGUCGUAUCUGCAUGAUGAGGUCGGCGGUAUGGAUCUCACAGCCGAGGGCCCGUUUGGGACGGCGCUCCGAAGCGCGAGCCUGAUGGGAUAUGACCGAGUAGUGAGGUUGCUGCUGUCAUGGGAUGCCGAUCCUACGGCUGCUUGUGCGAGGUUGGGUGGUGCACUGCAGGCGGCGGCGCAGAACGGGCAUACACAGAUCAUGAGGCUGCUGAUGGACAAGGGUGCGGACUGCAACCAGCCCGGGCCUCCUUGUGGGACCUGUCUUCAGGCCGCGGCGUACUACGGCCACCGAGACGCUGUCGUGCUUCUUCUCGACCAGGGGGCCAGCAUGUACCAGGAUGGCAGGUCCAAGGAUGCUUUGCAUGCAGCUAUUGAGGGGGGCCAUCGGGAGGUUGCUCUAUUGUUCCUGGAAAGAGGUUACAAUGUGCCUCCCGGAGACUGGAAGCCUUCCAUGUCCUGUGAGGGGCCGCCUCCUCGCCCACGAAAACAGCGCCCCUGGGAGAAGAAGAAAGAACAUAGGGACGAUGGCUCAGGCAGAAUGUCAAGAGACGAUCUCGGGACUGACAGCUCUAGUGGGGGCAGAGAGAACGAUGCAGUGGCGCAAAAUGUCGAUAUAUAUAUGGGGAGCACAGACAAGGAUAUUAGCCAACUCGAGCUCAACGCAGCAAUCGGCAACAUUUCUAAAGUACGCCAAUGUCUUCUACGUGGGACCUCAGACAAUCUAAAAGCGGCGUUUUGUGCUGCGACGGCUACCGGGCAGGUUGAGGUCCUGGAGGUCUUGUUGCGUCGAGCACCAAAGCAGUUGGAUUUCCUGAAUAAGGCGCUUCUUGUUGCAGCACAAUACAACCAGCCCCAGUCCGUCAGGCUCCUGUGCCAAAUAUUGGCAGUCGGAGACGCUAACGACCUAGGACCUUGGGUCUCGACCCUCAGGGAAGCCGCCUCAUCCGGACACACCAUAACCGUCCGCGCUCUUCUCGAGUGCAACCGGCCGAGGCCGUCACCAGCUGUUCUCGAAGGUUUGGCCUCUGUAAUCCGAGUGGCAACCGCAGCAAAGCGUUCGGCAGCAGUCCAUGCCUUGUGGGAAUGGAUAUUGGACGGGGUCAUCGACACCGACGGCCCGAAUUGCGGGAAGUUGGACGGGAUGGAUCUAAACGAACAGGCGUCUGCAUCGUUUGGCAAACUGCUCGUCGCCGCCUUGCGGUCAGAGAAUGCAGAUGCCGUAGAAUCACUGCUUGUCGCGAUGGAGCGGCGAGGCUUCGCACUCGAUUCAGUAAUGCCUGCUUUUGCUUCGGCAUGCAGAGACGGUUCGCAUGCGUUCAGGCCCCUUCUCAGCCGGAGAAGCGGGAAGCUUGCUUUGAAGCCCCUGAGUCUUUUUAUCGGCACCUACACAGCGGCAAUAUUCGGGCAUUGCAAGGUACUGGGUGCCUUGCUUGAUGAGCUGCUCGAGAGGGGCAUCUCUUUAUCUCGCACCACCGUUGUCGACACGGCAUUUGUUGGCGCAGGCAGGCAUGGCCACACCGAUAUCUUGGAAACCUUGGUUGGCACGCCACGGUUUCGAAACGGGAUCUCCAAUAUGCAGGCUACCGUAAACCAUUCUCUCAUGGCCGCAGCCGAGGCUGGUCACAGUGAGGUUGUUCGUUUCUGCCUCCAAACAGGCGCCGACAUUUCCGCGUUUGUCUCGCUGGGACAAGACAUGGUAUAUCUCGACCCGGAGGGGCAACCGGCAGUCGAAAUAAGCCCACAGGACAAGGCCUCCCUCCGAAAGCUGUUAGGCAUGGGACUCGACGGGGACGGACCGCAUGGGUAUUGUGAAUGGAGUCUCACUGGAUUAACCGUUGAUUCGGUUAAAACGAUCCACGACGCGAGACAAUCGCACCGACCAGCAGGCAAUGGCUUGCACAUGGCACUCAAAGGCUUCCGUCGCCCUCAUGAUUUUUCCAAAGCGUUACAGAGCCUGCCGGCCACAGAUGAAGAAGCUAUCAACAUUCGACAGGAGCGACUUGUCUUCAUGAUGCUAGAGAAUGGUUGUGAUCCCCGCACAACAGAUGGCUCUGGGCAGUCUCCCAUUGAGAUGGCGGCUAGAUGGGCCAACGAACGUGUCGUGCAAAGACUUUUUGACGCAGGCAUGUUUGCUCCAACAUCCCAUUGCGAGGACAAGGCCCGACUGCUGGAGACCUGCAUUCGGCUGGCUUCCCAAAACAGGUCGGCCACAGCCUUCCGUGUGGUGCUGGCGUUCCUUAGGGCCGGGGCAAACCUCCCGACAACAAACGACCGGAAACUGACCACGGAGAUGGUGGCCACACUACAACGGACACAGCUCUUGGUUUUGCCGCUCGAUUUGGCCACCUCGGUGUCAUGA